CUCCGCUCUUCUAUAUGAAAUAUGGGAGACGACAGACCGUUUGUGUGCAAUGCCCCAGGCUGUGGACAGGAGGCAGAAUUAAAAACUAGGAUAUUCAAAAACAAUUGCCUGUGUGAGGAAAAUUAGAAAAUGACUGUACAUGCCCAGAUAAAGGCUCAAUAAAGACCUGAGAAGACAUUGAGUGUGCACCUGAGACUGAACCUUGGCACAGAGACACCCUACAACAAUUAUAAACACUAAAACAAUUACAAAAAUCAGCAAAACCUGGGGAAGGAAGAUAAUCUGAUUUUUUAGAGUUACAACUUUAUUAAUAGAAUCAAACGUCCAGUGUUCAACAAAAAAUCACAAGGCACACAAAGAAACAGCAAAGUAUGACCCAUUCAAAGGAAAAAAACUGUUGUGAAAAAGACCUGACGGCAGAUGUACUAGACAGAGAGACUUUAAAUCAACUGUCCUAAAGAUGCUCAAAAAGGAAGUUGUGGUGAAAGCCAAGAAAACAAUGUAUGAACAAAAUAAAAAAUAUCAAUAAGGUAAUAGAAAACCUGAAAAGAAACCAAAAAGAAAUUCUGGAACUGAAAAGUACAAUAACCAAAAUGAAAAAAUUUACUAGAAGGAUUCAGAGGCAGAUUUGAGCAGGUAGAAGAAAGAAUCAGCAAACUUGAAGAUAGGAGAUGGAAAUAAUUGAAUGUGAGGAACAGAAAAUAAAAAUCUUUGGAGGCUAGAAGACAGUGGGCCAAUGUAUGAAGGUUCUAAGAGAAAAAACUGUCAACCAGGAAUCUUCUGUCCAGUAAAACUUUCCUUCAAAAGUGAGGGAGAAAUUAAGACAUUCCUAGAUACACAAAAGCUGAGGGAAUUUGUGACCACUAGACCUGCCCUGCAAGAAAUGCUCAAGGGAGUCCUGAAAAGUGAAAUGAAAGGAUACUAGACAGUAUCUCAAAGCUAUAGGGAGAAAUAAAAAUCUCAAGAAAGAGAUUUACAAAUGAGGACCACCUGGCAGUUCAUAAACACAAGCAUGAGAUGACAUUGAAAUUUGGCCCCGCUCGAACUGACUCAGUCAUCAUUGCAGAUCAAACUCCUACUCCGACUAGAUUCCUGAAGAACUGUGAGGAGGUGGGGCUCUUCAAUGAACUAGCUAGCUCCUUUGAACAUGAAUUCAAGAAAGCUGCAGAUGAGGAUGAAAAAAAGGCUGUGGCCGGGCCCCUGGACAUGUCUCUGCCUUCCACACCAGACAUUAAAAUCAAAGAAGAGGAGCCAGUAGAGGUGGACUCUUCCCCGCCUGACAGCCCUGCCUCCAGCUCCUGUUCCCCGCCGCUCAAGGACAAGGAGAUUACCCCAAAGCCUGUCGUGAUCUCUACCCCAACGCCUACCAUUGUACGCCCUGGCUCCCUGCCUCUCCACUUGGGCUAUGAUCCACUUCACCCAACCCUUCCCUCCCCAACCUCUGUCAUCACACAGGCUCCACCAUCCAACAGGCAGCUGGGGUCUCCCACUGGCUCCCUUCCACUCGUCAUGCAUCUUGCUAAUGGACAGACCAUGCCUGUGCUGCCAGGGCCUCCGGUACAGAUGCCUUCUGUUAUAUCGCUGGCCAGGCCUGUGUCUAUGGUGCCCAACAUUCCUGGUAUCCCUGGCCCACCAGUUAACAGCAGUGGUUCCAUUUCUCCCUCUGGCCACCCUAUGCCAUCAGAAGCCAAGAUGAGACUAAAAGCCACCCUAACCCACCAAGUCUCCUCAGUCAAUGGUGGUUGUGGAAUGGUGGUGGGUACUGCCAGCACCAUGGUGACAGCUCGUCCUGAGCAGAGCCAGAUCCUCAUCCAGCACCCUGAUGCCCCAUCCCCUGCCCAGCCACAGGUCUCACCAGCCCAGCCCACACCAAGCACAGGAGGGCGACGGCGGCGCACAGUGGAUGAAGAUCCAGAUGAGCGGCGGCAGCGCUUUCUGGAGCGCAACCGUGCUGCAGCCUCUCGCUGUCGUCAGAAGCGGAAGCUAUGGGUGUCUUCCCUAGAGAAGAAGGCAGAGGAACUCACUUCUCAGAACAUUCAGCUGAGUAAUGAAGUCACAUUACUACGCAAUGAGGUGGCUCAGUUGAAACAGCUAUUGUUAGCUCAUAAAGACUGCCCAGUCACUGCACUACAGAAAAAGACCCAAGGCUAUUUAGAAAGCCCCAAGGAAAGCUCAGAGCCAACGGGUUCUCCAGCUCCUGUGAUUCAGCACAGCUCAGCAACAGCACCUAGCAAUGGCCUCAGUGUUCGCUCAGCAGCUGAAGCUGUGGCCACCUCAGUCCUCACUCAGAUGGCCAGCCAAAGGACAGAACUGAGCAUGCCCAUACAGUCACAUGUGAUUAUGACUCCACAGUCCCAGUCUGCAGGCAGAUGAUGCCUCCCCUUGUGGAGGGAUCCCCAGCCAGAGCUCGCCCGUCCCAGAGCCAAGAGAGAUGUCAUCUUAUCCCCUUGCAUCUGCCUUGGACAUGGCAGUUUGGGGGGAAAACUGUGUGUUGUGAGUAAAGGACAGAUGUGGGGCUUUUCAGCCACAUGGUCAUGUAUGUUGACACCUGUACUAGGAGCCUCCCAGCCCCAGAGCCAUAUAGAUCAUCCCCUAAGGGGGGGUUUCUCAUGUCCCCACAGCAAAAGGCCUUUCCAGAUGGCCUGAACGAUCAAUCGCCCUUGCCCAUGCACGUGUACUUCUCUCUUUUAACACUAACCCCUGCACUUCUAGUUUUCAGGUUUCCCAGUUCCCUCUCUUCCCACUAAGCCAUGACUGUACCUUCUUGUUCCUUAGCAGCUUGCCCCUUCCUCUAGGUAGAGGGAGCUAGAAUCGAUGGCAUGUCACCUGCUGACCCAUCCCCAGCCCCCUCUUGGACUCAGGACUUUGUGUCCCAGUAGCUGCUUAUUUAUCCCUUUUUACCCAUCCAAAGUUCUAAUCAAAAUAUUCACUUAGGGAGAAUGUAAGGUUACCUUUGAUAUAUGAAGGAGUAAUUUCCAGCUCUUCCAUAAACUUUAGUUUUCUCCCUAUCUUCUACCAAAAAAUUAGAAAAAAUAAAAACAAACAAAAAACCCAAAAAAAGCAAAAAAGAAAGCAACAACCCCCCCCCCAAGAGUUUUAGUCCUUUUUUAUCUGUUUCCAGAGCUAUUUGGGUACCACAUUUUUGUCUCUUGAGUUUUCCCAGUCUAAGUGGUGGGGUCUUUCUCCCACCUCCCACUAAGCCUUGGCAAUCUUACCUUAUGGCCUUACUAGAUAGGGCUUGGUAGUAAAAGGGAGAAGAGCCCAGGAUCUGAUUGGCUGACUCCCUCCCUGCUCCAUCCUUCUUCAGUCUAAUCAUCAGGUCAGGCAGGAAGGUCAUUCCAUCAGGUUACUGGAUUGAUUCUUUUAUGUUUGAUAGGAAUCUACUGACCAAAGCACACAUAAUCCUUUUGGUCAUCUUUCUGCUUCUGCCCCUCCCUCUUCAUUCCCCUGUCCACACGUCUGCCUGACUCUUUUAUAAUUAGUUCAGAUGCAGGACUGUUGGAGCUAUUAUGUAGCUCCCUCACUUUUCCCCCAUCUCUCAGUCUCACACAUCUGUCUUGUCUGAGCUAGGGUCUUAUAUUCACAAGCACCCAGCAUCCUCUGGAUCUGCCUUCUCUCUCAGCAACCUCCUAGCCUAGCCACUAGGUCUCUCUGGUUCUGUGGUAUCUCUUCAGUUCUGCUCUCUUCCCCCUAGGUGCAGUGCUUCUCCAGUGUCUAAACCCCAAGACUCUGAGGCAUCAUAGCCAAGGUCCUAAGAGGGUUUUUUUGAGUUGGAUAAGGGGAGGCCGGGGAGCAGCAGGUGCAGUACUAAUCUCAGCAUAAGAGCCCUGCUUGUUGAAGGGUCGAGCCUGCCUGAGAAAUUGGUGACCGUUGCUCUCAGCCAUUCUUAACAUUUGAAGAGUUUGGUUACAGGGGGGAAAUUCAUCCCUCUUGUCUCUCUUCCCCAUGAAGACUUCUCGUCUUCCUUUGGCUCUGAACUAUGCAAUUUCCACCAGGGCCAUAGGAAGCGAUACAAAGCCAGGGGCCUGUGGAUAAAUAUGUCAGCUUUAAUAGCUCUUCAGUAUGAAAUCCUUCCAAUUGUCCCAGAGCCACCUUCUGCCAUCUGCCGAAGCCAAGAAUGUCCUUUUUUCCAUCUCUUCUACCUCCAUCUUAAACAUACAUACAGAAUAACUCCCAACUUCCUUUGUUAUUUGUCUUCUAAAAUCGGCUGUCAUAGGGGAACAAGGAAGUGUUCUAAGCCACAAGAUUCCCACCUCCUCAGAGUGAUAAACUGGUGAGCCAGUCAGAUAACAUGUUCUACUGCAUUUGUUUUUAAUUUUCCCUCCUGCUUUUCAGAGCCCGUGCUGAACUAGCCACACCUGGUGAAGAGAAAGGAGGGAAAACAUGGUUUUCUCAUCCUCUACCACCUGGGACCCAAAAGGAACGGCCCCUGAGGAGGCUCAGGUUAGCAAAUGGCAUGGCAGAUGGUCAGGAAGCAGGUUACCACCUCCAGGGACCCCACUUGCCUUUAAAAAUUCACAGCCAUAACUGCUGCUCAGGACUUUCUUUUAGAGGGCUGCUCCCUGGGCAUUUUUCCUGCUUUAGUUUUGUUUCUUUUUUUUAUUAUCUUGAUUUCCCGCUAGCAGCCUUGCCCUUAAGUUUGACUGACUCUAUGACUCCUAAGGAGCCUUUAUGAGACUCUUCACUGUUUUUCUUCCCCCUUCAGUCAGGUGUUUUUUAAGUUAAGAAUCAGUUUGUCACUGUACACAUGCCCCACCUCACUGCCUGGCUUUGGAGGCAGUUUACAUCCUGCCAGUCUAGUCUGUCCCUCAGUAAGAUGACUAGUUUCUGAAGAGGGUCUUGUUUACUUUCUUAACCCCCAUGUCUGGUUCUCAUUUUCAUUAGUGGGAAGUUAGUAUCAGGGACCUAAAUGAGAGGUAUUAACAGAACCAGAGUAGAAUCAUUGACAUGAGGAAGGGGCAGGACAGAACCCCCCCAACAGCUCUUUAGUUGGUCCACAGUCUCACUAAGAAGACAGCAAUUGCUCACCUGGGAGCCUCUCUCAUAAUCGAGGGGAACAUCAUUGAUCUUGUUACUGCUGUCAGCCCUGUGGUUGCUCUCCCUCGCUCUUUACCUUCCAGACUCAUCUGGACCAGAAGCAAACAUUGUGGAGGGCAUUACUUAGCCCUUCUUAAGAAUACGGCCUUUCCAGAGACUUAAGGAAAGACACUUUUUGAAAAAAGCUGGGAGUCUGAACCCUUGGGGCUCUUCCACGUGAACACACGAUUCAGGCCUAUCACUUCACUCCAAAAACACAGCUGCUAGAUAACCGAGGCCAUAGAGAAAGGGGCCAGAACUAGGUCUUCUGGAAAUGUGGACUUUGUGCCCCAUUCCCUUGAAAGCUUGCCUAGAGUUGAAGAGUCUGAGAAAGCCUCCCCUACAACUAGGGUGGACUAGAAAGAGUAGGACUUUUUUUUUACUUACUCUUUCCCCGUUGAUUGUAUAGCCCAAAUCUGGCUUCCUUCAGCCUGCACUCAUCUUCUUGGCCCUAAGCACUGCACCAUAUACUUUCAGUGGUGGUAAAGUGAUAACCUUACUAAAUCUCACCUUGCCUCCUUCCCUUUGCCUGUUGUGUCCUUCUUGGCUCCUUGACUGAUUCACUGCCCUCCAGCACCACACAUCCUGGUAGAUGGAGUGCUUCAUCAAAACGACGCCUUCCCUGUCUGCAACCUGAACCACCACGCAGACAUGGAGAUACUCCUCCUCUGGUUCCUGAGGCUCCCACGUCCCUCACUGAGGAGCUCCGCUGAAGGUGCUAGCCCUGCGACAGCUCUUCCCCCCAAAGUUCUCCCUUUCUUUCAUAGCUUCCUUUCCAUCCCCAAAUCAUUAUUUUCCAUUAAUAUUGUACAUUGUAUAUGCAGGAAGGAAAUGUAUUUUUUUUAUUUCAUAACCAGUCUGUAGAAUUCAAUCCCCCUGGCUAUAUCACAUAUGUCUUGGUUGAUGUGCUCUUUCUUCUUUCUUUAGACUUUUGUUUGACAGGGGCGGAGGGAGGAACAAGACAAGUGAGGACCCUCAAUCUCCCACAACCCUAUUCAUCCCCUCAGAGAACAGAAUUCUCUCUGUUUCUGUUUACAAAACACGUGCGCACAGACAUAAAUCCCCACCUCCUCCACUCCCCAGGGUGCUGACCCAGCAAGAAUGAGCAUAGGUGGCUGCCAGCCACCAUUCCCACCCCCUCUACUAGUUCAUUCAUCUCUCUUUGGGGUAAAGUCCUACUCCAGAAUGAGAAAAGGCUGGGGAGAAUAGGGAAGGUUGAGGCAGCUUAUGUCCUUUGUAGAUGCAGGUUUGUGUUGUAGCUGCUAGGGUUUUUUUUAAUGGGAGCUGGUAGCACAGAGAAAUCUUACCAGCAUUAGCUACUACUGGGUGAUGUCUUAGCUGUAAGAAAUGGCUAUGAGCACUAGCUAGCUCACUGACUGCCUUAGGGCAGUGGUUCUCAGAACAUUGUCCAGCACCAGCAGCACCAGCAUCUGGGAACUUGUUAGGAAUGUGCAUUUGGCCCCCACCCCUAAACUAUUGAAUCAGAAACUCUGGGGAUGGGCUCUAACAAGCACUCCAAGUGAUUCUUACACUAAAGUUUGAGAACCCUUGCCUUCAGGGCAAGCUGGGAAGGUCUUGUACCAUCCUCUGCCUGAGCACUAACAUGUGUUUUUUCAUUUCCUCCAGUCCCCUCUCUCCACUGCCGUGAAAACAACCACAUUAUUCAUCUCAAAAUCUAGGUUUGUCUUCAUCCUGCUUAUCCCUAAAACCUGUCCUGCAUCACUCUAGACAGGUGCUGUUCCAUAUUCCCUUGCAGACUGGUCACUCCACGCUCUUUGUUUCAGGAAGGACCAGCUGGAGUUUAGCUGUCCUGUUCUCGCACACACACAACCCUUCAGGCAGAGAGAUGAGCCUCCACUGUUGGGACUGGAAGCUGCAGCCUCCUGGCAAAGAAAACAGUGUCUAUCAAUGGUUAUAUCUCUGCUCAUCUGUAUAUCUUUGACAUGUAGCAAAACCUCUCUAUCUCAUCAAGGAACUCUGUUGUGGGUCUGAGUCUCCCCAGUCCCCAGUGGUGGGCUUUGACAGGUGAGAGCAUGCAGUGCUACAGGCUAUUUUGUUACAAAACCAUUUCCCUCCCACCCCCCGCCCCAAUUCAGCAUCAUCCCAGUGAGCAGGCUCUCACAAUCUCCCAGGACAGGGCUGAGGCAGAGUCUUUGCUCUAUUCUCCCUGACCGUCCCUUCUUCCUUCCCCCUUGCCACUUAGCAGUUAUCCCCAGCCAUGCCUUCUCCCUCUUUCCCUUGCCCUGACAUAUAUUGUGCCUUAUUUAUGCUGCAAAUAUAACAUUAAACUAUCGAGAGAACCAC